AACAGCACCAGCCACGCCAUCAUCACCGCAGCCAUGCUACCAUUCAGGAUAGCAGCCUCCCGGGCAUGCACACUCAUACAGUUCAUACACACCGCGCCCUUGACGCGCGCAUCCCGCGUGCAACCACCACCACGGCUACGGCUCCUCCUCCUCCUGCAGAUGCAGCGGCAACCACAGCGCCGAUGCCUCGCCUCAACACCACCACCACCACCACCGGCCGCCGCGCCGAAACUCGGCACAGCACCGGGACCUGAGCUGCAGAGGCAAGCCCGCGCGGCGGCUCAGAGCCCGAAGCAGUACGAAGUUCCCGAGCGCCUCAUCAUCUACCACGCCGGCACCGGGCGCACCACCUUCCUCGCCAUGCUCAAGCUCACGAGCCUCCUCGUCGGGGCCUUUUUCUGCUUCGUCGCCGUCCCCGGCUACGUCAAGGCGGACAAGCCAUGGGGCGAGGCCGCCGGAGGUGCGCUUGUCCUCUUCCCCCUGUCCCUUUUCCCCCGUCUCCGGUUUCCCCAUUUCCCCCUCUCUGCCCGUCAGUGCAAAGCCUCCGGUUCGCAUGGUGGAGUGAGAGGACAGGACGAAGCAUAACUUACAGAGAAUAAGAAACACUGCCGCUGACAUGAAGCCACACCUAAAACCAGUCGCGCUCUGCGGCAUCCUCCCCUUCGCCUUUGUCGCCUACACGACGGCACCCUUCGUCACGCACGUCCACAUCCACCUGCCGCCCGCGGCGCGCCACUCGCGCGCAACCCUCGCGCGCUUCGUUGCCGCCAUGCCCGCCUCGACGCGCCUCACCCUCACCACCAUGAGCGCCAUCGCCAAGCCCCGCUACAGCGACGUCCGCGCCGGUGACUUGAUGCGACCGGCCGCCGCGUCGGGCCCUCUCUCGUCGCCGCCGUCGUCUGCGGCCGGGCCCACCACACAUCAGCAACAGCAAACUCAGCAGCCACAGCAGCAGAAGAAGCAGCAGCAGCGCGCCCGUCGUCCUGGCACGCGCUUCGGCAUCGUCAACUACGUCCGCGACGCCGCCGAGGAAAACGCCGCGCGCAAGUGGUACGAGCUCCGCGCCGUCGACGCCUUUUACGUCCAGGAGAGCAGCAGCAGGAGCAGCGCGGCAGCGACCGGACCGAGGAGGAAACGCGGAGAAGCUGCUGCGACGGUGAUGGCGUCGCCCGGACGGCGUGGCAGGGCCGUCGUCGAGACCUGGAUCUGGGACGCCGUGAGGGACAAGAUUGCCCUGAGGGCCGCCAAGGAGGUUUAACACCGCGUGGAACCUCGGGACGCUGUGCAUUCCCGUCCCGUCGGCAACCCCUCGCCGAGAAUGCUCUCUUGUGCCACGUACAUGCUAGCUAGUAUACCCCAGCCCUGCCUUGCGUAGAGCUAUAUUUGGACCACCUUCACCUCAGAGAUGCUGCUG